AUGGCUGUUCAUUCCAGGAAUGAGACUCUUAUAUACAAAGUUUUCCCUUCCAGCCUUGGGCUCGUGGCUAUGCGAUGGUUUGACACGUUGGAAGAAGGUUCAACAGGAUCUUUCGAGGAGUUGACUCGAGCAUUUGGGGCUAGAUUUGUAACGUGUAGUAAAGUUCCUAAACCCUUAGAUUCUUUGUUGUCUAUGGCGAUAAGGGAGGGUGAAACUCUUAAGACCUACUCAGACAGAUAUUGGGAAACAUUCAAUGAAAUAGAUGGAGAUUUCGAAGAUGUCGCGGUAAGGACUUUUAAGGUGGGGCUUCCAAAAAAGCAUGAGUUGAGGAAGUCAUUGACAAUGAAACCUGCUCAUAAUAUGUUCCAACUUAGGGAUCACAUUGGUGAGCAUAAACGGGUAAAGGAUGAUCAAACCCAAGGAAAGGGCAAAGUCAAAGCCUUCCCAGAAAAAGGGAAUCCUUGGGCAAGGGGAUAUAAUAAUAAUCGUCCUAGGAGGGAUUUUCCCAAUCAAUCAUUAGGAACAGGCGCUCAAGUGGUCAACUCAGUGUUUAAAGAGCCAGUUUAUCAAAUCUUAAAGAAGAUAAAGAAUGACCCAUACUUUAAAUGA